AUGUCUGCCGUGCAGAGCGUGCGGAGGCCGUGCGACGGCGCCGUGCUGUUCCCCGACGCGACGUACCGCUGCUUCGCCGCCGUCACGUGGUCCAUGUUCGCCGGGACGCGCCCCGGUCGCGCGUCCGACCGCCAGCUCCUCCUGCUGGGCCGCCGCGGCCGGCAGAACGUUCUGGCCACCGACGGCACCGGCAACACCAUCAUACAGACGCCCUGGCUCCGCCACCUGUCGCCGGGCCAGUUUGGGCUCGCAGAUUUCGUCCAAGGACACAAUGCACUCAUCGACUACGUGAAGCAAACUUUUGAUGAACAGUUGGCUACCUACUCGGAAGACCACACGCGUCAUUUCCUUGACGUCUGCAUAAAGGAAAUUAAGAAGGACGCCGCAGACCAAGGCUUACCCUUCAACAUUGAGCAGGUGAUCGCCACGGGGACGGACCUGCUACUGCCAUCACUGACGGUGACCACCACCGCUCUGGCAGAAACCGUGCGCUGCCUAGUGCUGCACCCAGAGGUGCAGACCAAGGUGCAUCUCGAGAUUGACAGCGUGGUGGGUAGAGGCCGGCUUCCCACGCUGGAUGACCGCCCAAAUCUACCAUAUUUUGAAGCUACCAUCCGUGAAGCGCUCCGCAGGAAGACCGCUGUGCCUCUCAGUGUUGCCCAUGCAUCUACAACAGAGGCAACUCUCAAUGGGUACACUCUUCCAAAGGGCACAAUUCUGCUGCCAGGUCUCGAAGCUUUCCACAUGAAUCCAGAAGUGUGGGGGGAUCCAGAAAACUUCAGACCUGAGAGAUUCCUUGAUGAAACAGGCAAGCUUUUGCCAGACAGGACACUGCCAUUUGGAGGAGGUCGGCGAGAAUGCUUCGGGAAGACCUAUGCUCGCAACAGUUUGUUUCUUUUCCUUGGGGGAAUGCUGCAGUCCUUUACAUUGCAACAGCCACAGAGUGAAAAGCCGCUCACACUUGAUGGCUUGUACAGCAAGAACUUCACAAAUCAAGUUCAGCAUAUCACAUAUUAUUGCACCAGUGCUAACAUUUUAUUGCACCAGUGCUAA